GUAUUCUCGGAAGAGCACGGACCGAUUCCUUUAAUCGAAAGGGAGAUUCAGACCCUGUAUGAUGCCCGGACUCGGGAUACCUUCCUCACCGUGGACCCGAGGAUCAAUGCUCACAAGGGGGGAUACAGACACGUGUCGAAGGUCAACGUAACCACGAGAAGAAGACUGGCCUUAACCUUUGGGGACUUUGAGGUGACUCGGUUGCUAUCUUGGGAUCCGGAGACUGGGGACGUAUAUUUCCUGGGAGUCCCGAUAUCUUCGCCGGAGCAGCAGCACGUGUAUGUGGUGCGCGACUGGGGGACGGGGAUCUCCUCGCAGGUGGAAGCAGGGUGCCUCACAUGCCACGAGAGCAAUAACUGCACCUAUGCUCAAGCCUAUUUCAGUCCGGCAGGGAAGCAUUUCGUUUUCGCGUGCUUGGGGCCAGGCGUCCCGUGGACAACCCUUCGAGCCACUGCAGAUCCCCAUAAAGACAUUUUUUCCAUCGAGGAAAACGAGAAACUGCAGGCACUGGUGGCGAGUACGGCCAUGCCCCACGUCCAGAUCCUGCAAGUUCCCCUAAAGGACGGGAAGGAGGCCCGCGUGAAACUCACGCUCCCGCCCAUCUACGAGGAUGAGGACGAUCUCAAGUACCCCGUCCUCUUUCAAGUGAAAGAGGACCCAAUGGAACCAACGGUAACAGAUCAAUUUACGGUGGGGAUGGUGGAAUUCCUGUCCGCUUUGAGGGAUAUUGCCUGCGUUCAGAUUGAUGCUAGGGGAACGGAUAACCUCGGUAAGGAGUACCGAGAUGCCCUUUACCAGCACAUCGGGAUGCUGGACCUCAAGGACAUUCAUUCCGUCGCAGAGUACCUGAGAAAUAAGCUGGACUUUCUGGACAGUCGUUCCAUGGUCAUCUGGGGUUCGGGUUACGGCGGAUACGUGGCGGCAAUGUCCUUGACCAGGGAAGCAAGUCCCUUUAGAUGCGCGGCUGCUCUUGCCCCCAUAUCCAGCUUCUCCCUUUACGAUGCUUAUUUUUCGGAGCUGUACCUGGGUUACCCGAACUCGACGGCGUCUCGGAAGGCGUACUUCGAAAGCGACAUCAUGAGCGAAGUGGAGGAGUUCGGUUCGAGGGCUUUGCUUCUCUUGCACGGCACCUCGGACCGAGUCGUCCCCUUACAGCACACCAUGAUCCUUUCGAAGGCCCUCUCGCAUGCCCUCGUCAACUUCCAGCAAAUGAUCUAUCCAGACGAGGGGCACGGAUUAGAAGGCUAUCCCGAGCACGUCUUAAAGACCCUGGAGGGAUUCUUUGACGACUGCUUUGACGACUGGAUCGAACGGCACCAGGAAUGGAUGCCUUGAUUACGUGACUCACGAAAUGACUGAGGAGCUCAUGUGGAAUAGAUAGGAAGCUCCGCAGUCAAGGGUAUAUUAGAAGUCGUGAUAAUCCCACCUCGGUGGAAGAAAGGCCGAAAUAUCAUAAUAUCGCCUGAGGCUGUUCAGGCUCAUAGUGAUUACAAUUCUGUCUGAUAUCGCCAUG